GAUUGGGUCGCGGUAACGCAGCGGGGCGAUCUGAUUGGAUAAUCAAAAUGAAACCAAACUUCGAGAGAGACAACGGAGAGGAAAGGUUGCAGAGACGUUUCGGAUGUUGCCAUGGAUAAGAUGUUCAGCCUCUCCGAAUCUGAUUCAGACUUGUCCGAUGAUGACGGCGUCGUGGAUCAGUCCCAGCAUGCCUCAGGAGGAGGAGAGGAGGAGGAGGAGGGGGCAGACGGCAAACGGAGAACGAAGUCACUGACGGCCCCCCGCCCGGAGCUGGAGGGUCGCGCCCGGGUCACGUCGGAGUCGCAGGCCUCCGAUUCGGAGCGGGACGACACUCUGGGGCCGUUCCGGGCGCGCUCCUGCUCCGCCCCCGCCUCUCUCUGGGCAGCCCAGAAAUACGGACGAGAACUUCGGAGGAUGAGCGACGAGUUCGACAGCUGCCUGGACAAAGGGAUAUUCAAGAGAGUGAGGAGCGCCGGCACAGCAAGGCAAAUGAAAAUCUCCAACAGCUGGUGGACGUUUCUGUGGAACAGAAAACGGGCAGCUGAGCAGACGGCGCAGGGGGUCCUCGAGGGGCAGUGACACUCCGCCAGCUUCCAUGGGAAAGAUCCCUGGGACUCGGGAUUGGGGAAAGAGUGGCCGGGGUUUCAACAGCACAAGAACGAGCACGGACCAGAGUCUACCGCGGUGGGGUGGGGGGGCAGGGGGGGGGUCAGACUCCAAUCCUGGAGGGUCACCGCGGGGUCACCAGGUUUCCAUCCCAACUUGAGCUCCUCCGUUAACUUCAUCAAUCUAAUUAUCUGUUCAGUUGGACGCGUUUUAAUAUUUUUUUUAACAGUUGAUUCAAAACAAAAUGCGCUUGAUUUUGAGGUGCCUGUGAAACAUUGUGAGGACCGGAGAGAAGCGUUAAAAUGGGUCCCAGUUAAUCAAAUAAUAAUAAUUAGAGCAGGUAAGGGACUGAGAGCUCGGGGGUGGGACGGAAGCCACAAGACCCUGCGCCCCCCCCCCCUCCAGAAGCGGAGUUUCACCGCCCCCCACCCCCUCCCCCGGUCUACUGUGUAAGCUAGAUACUUACAAACAGGGUUUUAUUACAGUUCUUUUUUAAAUUGCAGACUACAAAGUCAUGCCAGUCAUUUCAACACGUACUGUUAUUUUAAGCCAAACGAUUGGUAGCGUCAAGCUGAGGGAACAAAAUCCGCUCUGUGGCUUGGGACUUGGUUUCAGGACGCUGCGCGGCACACCAGGGUGAGACUUGGGGGGGGGUUUGACACGGUGACCGCUAACGAGGUCUCCCGGAACCAGGUUUCAAGCCGCUGCCCCUGAAAAAGUGGCUUCGUGUUCCCUCCGCUUUAGAUGAUAAGUGUCUUAAUACUGCACAAAAAAGUUGUGUUUUAAUUACACAGCUGGGGGGGAGUGGGGUGCACUAGAAAAUAGUGCAUGCACAUGGUGUCUUUUUAAAUUUAAAAUGUCGAGAACCAUUCGUGGGCAAACUAAGUGCGGCCCGCUCACGUUUUCGCUCAGAAUCGAGGCUUCUUCUAGUGUGUUCUGGCCCAGGACUCGGUCCAGCGCUCAGUUUCCAUCUGCGAGUGGAACCGGUUUCAAAUCAGACUGGAUCGAUACUUCUUCACAGAAAAUGGUUUAAAUCCUUCGUUUUGGCUACAAAACUGCUGCGUCCCGUUUUGAGGACGGUCAGGUUAGACAGGAUGUGAUCAGAGAAGUGAAAUCUCACGCCGGCUAUGAAGCUCAAUACAGAGAAAACAGAGUCGCUUUAUCACCACUGCAGGGAGGGGAAAAAAACAACAGGAAUGGAUCAGAUUUAAGCUUCUUAUUUUAUAUCAGAGGCGUCGUAAAACAAAAUUGAAGAGUUAUCAUAGCAAUACAGUUAAGACAUUUUUAAAUAGAUAGACUAAAACGUAUGCCAAAAAAUUAGAAAAAUAGCCAGUCCUUCAAAUGUGGACAGUGGUACUUAAUGGGUUAAUAAACUCCCACGUUAACUGCAGUGUAGCUGGGUGGAAGAAAUCGCAGUUAGACACGUGCCAGUUCACCAUGGUAGCCAUCUCAGAAGGGAAUCCUGCCACAGUUUCCUAAAUCCUUUGUUAGCUACCUUGGGGGCCCAUCAAUUAGAUUUAGCGUUUUGCUGGUCUGUUGUGAGCGGAGUUUCCUAUACUACUGUAAAGUCACAACAUGCAUGGAAAUCCCAGAUACAAGAGCAAUGAUAAAUGAACUACGACAUCAGGCUAACACUGUGCAAUAAUGUGAUAACGUCAUUGCCUGAUGGUGGUUUGAAAUCUGAUGCUGAAAUAGAAUUUUUUUUAUGGUUUCAAAAGCAUAUUCCAAGUACCUGCGAUUGAAUAUUUUGUAUACUCUUUCAUAUAUAUUUUUUUUCAACAGACAUUUCCAACAGGACAGUCUCUUUUUUAAAGCGUACGCUGGUUUUGGUGCAGAAGGCUAUUGUAUCAAAACACUUAAAAUUCAAAACGCAACCGUAGAAUUUUAAUGUCAGAUAUUUUAUUGUUGGCUGAGAGAGAGUUUUAAGCAAUGCACGUUUCUUCAGAAUGAUUUUGGAUGCAAGGCAAGAGAAUUGUAAAUACACGUUGAUAAAUAUUUUCUACUGAUCACAAGAGAAAAAGAAACAUGAAGGCUUUAUAUUGCGUUUAUUACUUGAAUGUGGUAUGUUAACACUCUUUUUAGAAACACUGUCAAUCUUUUUUUUUGUAUUGCAAUAAGUGAGCAGUAUGUGGUGGUAAUAAAGAAUUUUAUUAAAUAUUAAA